UCCCAUAGGUGGACCUUCCAGUUGCUUCUCCCUCUCCAACCGAAGCGCGGCACGGCAGCACCUGAGCCCGCCACGCGUCCACCAGCCUCCCCACCAUAACCACGUGUGCGUCGAGGUGGCGCUCGCCUGCCCCCGGCUCGCUCCUAUUAUAUCCCCGUCGACCCUCUCGCCGCCAUCAUACCAACUCUGCCACUCAGCUCGCUAAGCAGCAACCAGAGAUUCAGGAUCACGAUCCAGCUUUGUCAUCUUCUCGACCGCGAUCCCAGUCCGAUCAGCCGGUAGCAGCGAGGUCGCGGCGUCGACGGCGAGCGGUAUGGACGCGCCGGCCAUGGUCACGCGCAAGCACGUCCCCGAGGACGUCGGCCUCCGCAACGCCGGGGAGGACGGGGGCCAGGGGCAGCUGCACCGCGAGGAGAAGCAGCACAAGCCGGUGCUGAAGAAGGUCAAGGAGAAGAUGAAGAAGAUCAAGAACACCCUCGCCGGGCACGGGCACGGCGGCGACGAGCCCGGCGCGGGGGACGCCGCCGCCGGAACCGGAAGUACCAGCAGCAGCGAGGAAGGGGAGGAGGACGCGGCGGAGAGGGAGGCCGCGCUGGAGAAGGGCGGGUACUUGGAGGACGUCGAGGAGUCCGACCCCGAGGUCGACGGCGCGCCGAUGUACGAGUCGGCGCGGGCACCGGCCGUGCAGGACCUCGUCGCGAAGUACGACCCGGCGAGGAAACCCGCCGGGCAGGAGGUGGAGGGCGACGGCGCACCCGGGGUGCGGCUCGGCGACCUCGGCGGCCCCGUCGUCGAGGAUCCGGCCGCGCCGCGCUCCACGACGCCCGCGGCGAGAGAGGGCGAGGACAUCGGCACGACGCCCGUCGUGCAGCAGUUCGAGACCAUGAACUUGUCCGACGACCCGGCGCACGUGGGCGCGGGGAAGAAGGACGCCAAAGUGGAGGAGUGGAAGGACACGGCCGCGGACAAGAUGGGCGGCGCGAGCUACACGGACAAGCUCAAGAACGCGGCCGCGGGCACCACGGAGUACGGCAAGAAGCUGGCGAGCACGGUGUACGAGAAGGUCGCCGGCGCCGGCACGGCCGUCGGCGCGGGGAAGCGCAGCGGCGAACACACUGAGGCGGCGCCGGCGUCGGACGCCGGCGCGGAGGAGCGGAAAGACCAUCCCGCAGCCACGGACGCAACGAACGGCUCGUCGGGCCCGGGCUACACGGACAAGAUUAAGUCGGCGGCCGCGGGCACCACCGAGUACGGCAAGCAGCUGGCGUCCACCGUGUACGAGAAGGUUGCCGGCGUCGGCACGGUCGUCGCGCCCAACCUCCGUCCGCAGGUGGGCGCGGGGAAGCCGGAGGACGCACGCAGCGAGGCAAUGCCGGUGUCGGACACCGGCGCUGAGGCCGAGGAGUGGAAAGACGCUCCCGCCCCCGCGGCCACGGACGCGACCAGUGACAGCGCGUCGGGCCCGGGCUACACGGACAAGAUCAAGUCCGCGGCCGCCGGCACCACGGAGUACGGCAAGCAGCUGGCGAGCACCGUGUACGAGAAGGUCGCGAGCGUCGGCACCGCCGUGGUGGGCAAGGUCCAGCAGGCGACGCCCGGGGUCGGGGCGCAGCAGCAGGACACGAGCGCCGCGGCGGCCACGGCCGGCGGCGCCGGCGGGCAGGACAAGGGGGCGACCGUGACGGGGUACAUCGCCGAGAAGCUGCGGCCGGGCGACGAGGACCGCGCGCUCAGCGAGGCGAUCUCCGGCGCCGUGCAGCGGCGCAAGGAGGACGUCGGCGGCACGGUGGCGCAGCGCGUGCCGGCGCCCGGGCAGGUGAUGACCAAGGCGCGCGAGGCCGUCACGUCGCUCACCGGCGGGAACCGCGUCUCCGAGACCGUGCAGCCGAGCACAGCCACAGGGGAGGAGGUGAAGGAAGGCUACGCGGCGGAAGCGCCGGUGAUCCACGGCGAGGAGAUCGGCGGCGCGAGGCUGAACACGAACACAAUGUGAAGUGCGUCGUGAGAGGGCGGAUGCUCUGUGUGAUUUUGUGAAUGUGUCGAUCCGUGUGUGAAUGUGUGAUGGUGACUAGUUCCGUGGAGUCUCGUCUGACGUCUGGAAUAAGUGCAGGGGCGGAGCUAGAGAGCAGCAGAGGGGGGUGCGACACUUUAUAGCAUACAUAUAAUAUUCAAGCAAACAUGAUAAAAAUUUGAAGGUAAUAAAGGAUUGUAAUAUUUUGCUGGGUGCGGCCGCGCACACAGCCCAUAACGUGGCUCCGCCCCUGAAUAAAGUGCACUGGUUUGGUGCGCCGUGCACCGGUGUGGGGUCUUUACUUGUGAGUGUAUUUUUGGGCUUUGGUCUUGACUGUGUUUAUGUGAUUGGUCUCGUGUAAGUAUGCAUACGCGUGCCUGUAAUCUUUUCGAAUGUCUGUUCAAAGUUGUUCAGUUCCUUUGCUCUGCUA